UCUCCCUCCUUCACUCCUCUCAACUUCGCACGCCUCCUUGUUUAUUUUCCAGCCUUGAGACUGGUUCUCUCUCCCCCCCCCCCCCUAAAAUAUUUUGCACGCUGCCAAGCUUGGGAGUUUUCACCGAUUCACCUCCCCUUUUCUGCAGCCUCCCUCCCCAGCCCCAUCAGAGGAAAUAUUACAAUGUUGCAAGCUGACGUAAGGACAUUACAAGGAAAGGGCUACAUUUCGGAGUGUUUAUGAAAAGCCUCGGUACUGUACUGUCACCAGGGGGCAUGCAAUAGAAUGCAUUUCGGCCAACAUUUGGAAUAAUGAUCAUUUAGCAACCACCAUCACUAAAAAAAAAAAAAUUCUUCCAGUGCGCUUUGGAGCCCGCGCGAGCCGGAGGAGCCAUGCAGCCAAACUUUCGGGAACCAUCGGUUAUUUUUGUGACAUUGCAAGCUCGCCCUUGAGGAUCGCUUAUUGAAUUCUCCGUUUUUUGUUUCGUACGCGGCGCGCGGUUUGCACCUCUGCCUCCGGGCCUUGCAGAUUUUUUUCUUCCUUUCUACAAAAAGGGGAGAGGAUCGAGCAAGCCGACCUAGCGGCGAGGAAGCCGCAGCCCAGAAGCCCUGCCUGCCUGCCUGCCUGGCUUUGCCUCCGCUCUGCCUCUCAGCUCGCUCGUCCGCCUGCCUCGGGAGUCCGGCGUUGUUUUGAAGGGAGCUAACAUGGCGACGGUGCCCGUCUAUUGCAUCUGUAGGCUGCCCUACGACGUAACCCGCUUCAUGAUCGAGUGCGACGCCUGCAAGGACUGGUUUCACGGCAGUUGUGUUGGUGUAGAAGAAGAUGAGGCACCAGAUAUUGACAUCUACCAUUGUCCGAAUUGCGAAAAAACCCACGGGAAAUCAACUUUGAAAAAGAAAAGGAACUGGCACAAACAUGAUACUGGUCAAACUACAGAAGUCAAACCUGUACAGAAUGGGAGUCAGGUCUUCAUAAAGGAGCUUCGAAGUCGAACAUUCCCCAGUGCUGAAGACGUGGUAGUAAAAGUUAGUGGAAGCCAACUAACAGUUGAAUAUUUGGAAGAAAAUGGAUUCACAGAACCGAUCCUCAUUCCAAAGAAGGAUGGCCUGGGGUUAUCAGUACCUGCACCAACAUUUUAUGUUAGCGAUGUUGAAAACUAUGUUGGACCAGAAAGGAGCGUUGAUGUCACUGAUGUCACAAAACAAAAAGAUUGCAAGAUGAAACUGAAGGAGUUUGUUGAUUACUAUUAUAGCACUAACAGAAAAAGAGUCCUCAACGUAACUAACUUGGAAUUUUCAGAUACCAGAAUGUCCAGCUUUGUAGAGUCUCCAGAUAUAGUGAAAAAGCUGUCUUGGGUAGAAAAUCAUUGGCCCGAUGAUGCUUUGCUUGCAAAACCUAAAGUGACCAAAUACUGCCUGAUAUGCGUGAAGGAUAGCUACACAGAUUUUCACAUAGACUCUGGUGGAGCUUCUGCCUGGUACCAUGUCCUGAAAGGAGAAAAAAUAUUCUAUCUCAUCAAGCCGACCUCAGCAAACAUUUCUUUAUAUGAGCGCUGGCAGUCGGCAGCAAAUCAUAGUGAGAUGUUUUUUGCCGACCAGGUGGAUAAAUGUUACAAAUGCACAGUUAAACAAGGACAAACACUUUUCAUCCCUUCAGGGUGGAUUUAUGCAACGUUAACGCCUGUUGACUGUCUAGCCUUUGCAGGACACUUUCUACAUAGCCUAACUGUUGAAAUGCAGAUGAGAGCAUAUGAAGUUGAAAGACGAUUAAAAAUUGUCAGCUUAACCCAGUUUCCAAACUUUGAAACAGCUUGUUGGUAUACAGGAAAACACCUGCUAGAAUCAUUUAAAGGAUUGCACAAAGCUGGAAAGCAGCCUCCUUCUCAUUUAGUCCAGGGAGCAAAAAUUCUAAACGGCGCUUUCAGGUCUUGGACUAAAAAGCAGGCUUUAGUGGACCAUGAAGAUGAACUCCCAGAACAUUUUAAACCAGCACAACUUAUUAAGGACCUUGCCAAAGAAAUAAGACUAAGUGAGAAUGCUUUGAAAGACAAAAAACCUGAAGCGAGUGCCAACGUGAAUGUUGAAGAGGUCAGCCCUAUUGAGAAAGAGGAAAUACCACCACCUGCACCACCGACACCACCACCACCACCACCACCUCCACCACAAUCGCCACCUCCUCCACCACCACCCGUUGAAAAAGUUCCUAAGAAAAAGACCCCCAAAGCAAUGAAAACUCCCAAACCUUCCAAAGUACCCAAACCUCCUAAGCCACCUAAACCGCCUAAGCCCCCCAAGCCCCCUAAACCUCCCAAAACACCAAAAGUCAAGGGGGAAGGGAAGAAAAAAAACAAGAAUGCAAAAGAAGCUCCUCCACCUGCCAUUCCUAACUUAGAUCUUCUUGAAGCUCAUACAAAAGAAGCCCUGACAAAGAUUGAAACACCAAAGAAGGGAAAGGCUGCCAAGAAUGCUUUGAAUGCCCCUAAUAAAGAGCCUGUUGAGAAGCAGAAUGAGGUGGAAAAGUUUGAAAUUCGGGAGCAGAAUAAGACCAAAACAGAAGCAAAAUGGAAAUACAAGAACAGUAAACCCGAUUCAUUACUGAAAAUGGAAGAGGAACACAAAUUGGAGAAGACCCCACUGUCAGGAAAUAAGGACAAUAAAUUUAUGUUUUCCUUCUCCAACAAGAAGCUAUUGGGUUCAAAAGGAAUGAAAACUCCACUCAGUCCUGGUGUAUUUGGAUCAUUACAAAAUUUCAAAGAAGAUAAAACAAAACCUGUGAAAGAUGAAUAUGAGUAUGUCUCAGACGAUGGAGAACUAAAAAUUGAUGAAUUUCCAAUUAGAAGAAAGAAGAACACAACAAAACGAGAUUUGCCCUUUUUAACAGAUAAAAAAGAAACUGCACAACAUAUACCAAUUAAGAAGCCAAAGGUGGAAUCAGUAUUGUACAAGAGUGACGACUCAUCAGAUGAAGAUUCUCUUCAUAUUGACACAGAUGCUAAGCCUGGGCGCAAUUCCAAAGUGAAGAAGGAGACCGGAAGUUCAGCAGGAAUUCUUGAUCUUUUACAGGCAAGCAAGGAAGUUGGAGGUUUAGAGUAUAACGCCAACAGUCAGCCACCUGCCUCUCCCAGCACACAGGAAGCAAUCCAAGGAAUGUUGUCAAUGGCAAACCUCCAGUCUUCAGAUUCCUGCCUACAGCCUUCAUGGGGCACCAACCAAGCGAAGAAUAAUUCUCUCUCAGCCUCAAAUUCCAAAAAAUUGGGAAGCAGCAACAACAAAAAUGCAAGCAAGAGGUUGCCAAAGAAGAGUGUGAAAAACAGCAUUGAUAUUGAAGAUUAUGAUGAGGACCAGGAUCACCUAGAUGCCUGCUUUAAAGAUUCUGAUUAUGUAUACCCUUCCCUUGAAUCAGAUGAAGAUAAUCCAGUAUUCAAGUCCCGUUCAAAGAAAAGGAAAAGUUCUGAUGAUGCUCCUUAUAGCCCAACAGCAAGAGUUGGCCCAUCAGUACCUCGACAAGACAGACCUGUUCGAGAAGGUACAAGAGUAGCAUCUAUUGAAACUGGACUGGCAGCAGCUGCUGCCAAAUUAUCCCAGCAGGAGGAGCAAAAGGGCAAGAAGAAAAAGAACACUAAAAAGAAAUUAUCACCCAGCAACACAAAUAAACUCCCUCAGGAAAGCAGCUCUCCUGAACCCAAGCUGGAGUCCCACAGCAGUAGUCUAGCAGACCAUGAGUAUACAGCUGGUGCAAGCACGUUUGGCGUUGCCCAAGUAAACAGAGGUUCUCAACCCAUGGCUCCUGGAGUCUUCCUCACACAAAGAAGGCCCUCGUCAUCUCAGAAUAAUGCAGCUGCCAAAGGAAAAGCUGCAGGUGAUGCACCAACUGAAGCUGGUAAACGGAAGACAGCUGAGCCUUCUUCUGUAGGGAAACGUACAAAAAAAGGCAUGGCUACAGCUAAGCAAAGGCUUGGGAAGAUUUUGAAAAUUCAUCGGAAUGGGAAACUUCUUCUCUAAAAUUUAGCCACAACAGGGACUAUCAACGUUCAGAAUGUCCUGAGCUGACGCUAACUCUUCAACUCUUGAAGGACUUCAGUAGUAUUGUGCAACAUCCUAGGGACAAUACCAGUUAACUUUUUGCCACCACUUUAAUAAAUUCUUUUUAACUUUCAGCAGUUAAAACAUGUACAGAAUACUGCUAUAAAUAUUUUUUAAUAUAGAUGUCCUUUCUCAAAUUGCUGAGAGUGAAUAGUUCGCAAAAAGUUAAUACUCCAAGACACUGAGGAUCAUUCCAGUUUUAGGAAAGUAUCCCUUUAACUUGUUUAUAAGUAAAGGAAAAGCAGUUUCAACAGUAUGCACAUUAAUUUCAAUUUUAUUUAUCAAUGGUAUCAGUUUUAAAGAGGUAUGUGAUCAAGCAGCAAAAACAAUUGAACUUUUAAAAAUGAUUUUUUAAAAAAAUUCUGCCAAACUACAACAGUGGUGGACCAGCCAUGCUACAAAGAACCAGUAAACAGAAAAAAAGAAACACGAAAUAUACAGAUAUCAACCUUUGAUCCUCCCAAAAUAAGGAAACCCAAAAUUCAUAUCGGGACAAAGAUCUGAAUUUUUAAAAUUUGAAUUAGCUCAAAUUAACAUAGAUUGGGAGAUUAGAUUUAUCCCAUUAUAAUAUGUGCAGUAAAUUAAAUAUUCCCUGGAAAAUUUAGUUUUCUUACCUGGAUUAUGGUAAUUUUGUUGAAUGGAAGCAAAUUGCACUUCAACCUACUAAAGGUUUUUCCUGUAAGCAGAUGUCUGACAGCCAUGGGUAAAUGAAUUUAUUUUAUAUGCAGUUCAAGAUGGCUUUGGGGGAAAAGUGAGAAUACAACAGGGUAUAUCAUGAAUAAACAUUUGUUAAUCUAGUUACUUAAAAAUCACUGGGGAUUUUGUCAUGAACUUCCAUCAGCACUGAAUUACAGCUCCUGAAUUUUCACUGGAAGAAUCUAACACUCCACCCCACACACAAAGACAUGUGUAAUACUUUAUGUUCACAUUGUUCACACUCACUUUUUCUGUUUUUGUCACUUCUAGUCAAUGUCUGAGUUCAAAGCUGUUUAGCUAAAAUCUCACAACAUUUGCCUUUAAUUUGGGAAAAUGCACAAAACUAAUUAGUACCGCAGAGAUAAGAGGUGAAAAUGAUAACUGUGCAAGCAGUUCUAAGCACCAUCUACUUAGAAGUUAGUUCCAUUUUAUUCAGUUUUAUUUUACUGUCAUUAGAAGGGUUUUUUAAAAAAGAACUCCCAGAAGGUUUGUGAAGGACUACCGUAUAUACUUGAGUAUAAGUCGACUUUUUCAGCACUUUUUUAAUGGUGAAAAAGCCCCCCUCGGCUUAUAGUCGAGUAUAUACAGUAAUUCCAAGAUGGCUGCCGAAGCUGUAGCACAUUGAGAAAGGAGAUUACACCAGCUGUGGCAGAAGCAUUUUGCCUGCAUCCAUCUUUGAGUAUUAAAUUCACCAUUCCCUUUUGUGUUUUUAUGUAAAGCUAGGCUUGUAAAUCCUCCAGCUUUGAUAAAGCUA